CGCACCCGAGCCCGAGAGCAGCUCGUGCCCAGAGCACCUCCGCUCCGCUCCGCUUACAGCUCAAAGGCAACAGCGUCCUCCUCCGAGUCUCUCUGGGCUCUGCCGUCUGCUCUCCUUCCUUCGGUUCGUGUUCUUCUCGUAGCGCGAAGCCUGUUUCUCUCACCCAACCCAAGUCACCGCGUGGGAGCCGCUCCGAUGAGCAGCUGAAGAACUGACAUCCGACGUGUCAGUGGGUCGCAAGAUGCAGGUGCGUCCGUGGACCAAAGUGCAUCGAUUGUGGUUUGCGCUUCUACUUCUGACCAUCGUCACUUUUUCCCCGUCUGAAGUAGAAGCGGGAGGCAAAAAGUUCAGUGGAGUCUGUGGAGGAAGAGACUGCAGCGGAGGAUGCAAAUGUUACCCCGAGAAGGGCGCUCGGGGUCAGCCAGGUCUUACUGGUCCUCAGGGACCUCGUGGGCUCCCAGGUGAACUGGGUGACAUUGGCCUCCAGGGGCCCAAAGGACAGAAGGGGGACCAGGGGCCAGAUGGCAUCACCGGACCCAAAGGAGCUAUUGGAAUGACAGGUGUUCCUGGGUUUUCAGGAGCUGAUGGUAUUCCAGGCCACCCAGGACAGGCAGGACCUCGAGGGAAACCAGGUGCUGAUGGCUACAAUGGAACACAAGGAGACACGGGGUCACCAGGACCACCAGGAGUGCCUGGCUAUCAUGGCUACCCGGGUGGUCAUGGUGUCAAGGGACAGAAAGGUGACACUCUGGAGCUCAGCGUGUUUAUGGAGCGAUUUCGAGGUGAUUCGGGAGAUCCUGGACUCCAAGGAAUUAUUGGCCCCCAGGGCAGCCCAGGUUUAAUGGGCCCCAGGGGUGUUGCAGGACCGCAGGGGCCCCCUGGACCUCCCGGCCCCCCAGGACCAAAAGGCCUAAAAAUCAGAAUUCUGAAGGGAGUGAAAGGAGAGAGGGGAGACAUUGGCGAGCCAGGCCCAAUCUUCCAGCCCUCAGCUCUCUCCGGGCCAUCUGGCAAUAAAGGUGAAAAGGGGUCAAAAGGUGAAACUGGAGAUUUGGUAAUGACUGUUCAUACUAAUGGAAGAGGGGAGCCUGGGGUUAUGGGGUUUCAAGGGCAACGAGGAGACUCGGGCUACCCCGGCAUACCAGGAGACAGGGGGGAUGCAGGAGAUCCUGGACCACAAGGAAAACCUGGACUCAAAGGUGAACAAGGAGAGGCAGGAGAAGUAUUAUCCCUUGGAGGUCCAGUAAAAGUGGGCCCUGCUGGUCCUGCUGGAGAGCUUGGUCCCGAAGGAGAGAGGGGAGAACAAGGAGAGAAAGGUCCACGAGGGCAACCUGGACUUCCAGCUCAGGCCACUGAACAGCUUGUGCACCUUACUGGGCAGUUUGGUCCAAAGGGUCUUAAAGGGGCCAAAGGUCCUGAUGGUGACCCUGGGUUACCUGCUAUGAUGCCUGGUCCCCCUGGUUUAGAUGGAUUACCUGGAACUCAAGGCCCACCAGGCCCCACGGGAUCAUGGGAAAAUGAGUUUAGAGGCCCAGAAGGUGAAAGAGGAAGACCAGGCUUUUCUGGACUGAAAGGACACAAAGGUGAACCAGGGCUGUGCCAGUGUGACAUCGUUCACUCAGCUGCAGGACCCCCAGGCCCUGCUGGCAAUCCAGGUGUCCGUGGAAUGCCAGGGGAAUGGGGCCAGAAAGGCGACAUAGGCCAGCCUGGGCUGGAAGGGCUCACUGGAGUGCUGGGAUCCUCAGGCCCAAAAGGCCUUCCUGGGCUUAAAGGAAGUAAAGGGAAACCAAGAGAUGCCAUUGAAAAAGGAGCACCUGGAGACCCAGGUGACCCAGGUGAAGUGGGUGAGCCAGGAGAAAGAGGUCUGUCAGGGCCAAGUGGAGUCUCUGGAUCACCUGGACCACAGGGUCCUGUGGGUUCUGGGCCUGUGGGAUCCCCAGGAGAUAAAGGUCUUCCAGGUCGUCCGGGUCCUCGUGGUGAAGUCGGCCCCAUAGGUACACCAGGUUCUGUAUUGGGCAUUGUGAAGGGAGAGCCUGGCCUUCCUGGUGACCCUGGAUUUGACGGAUCUUCAGGCACUAUGGGACCACCAGGUGUCCCUGGAGAGUCAAAUGCAGUGCCUGGACCUCCUGGUGAACCUGGACCUGUUGGCAUGGAUGGUUUCCCUGGUUUGACAGGUCUCAAAGGGUUCUCUGGAUUGCCUGGGGAGGAAGGACUCAAAGGUGAAAGAGGGGAACAAGGCCAAGAAGCCUCUGCUGGACCACCAGGGUUUGUGGGAUCUCGGGGAGACAAAGGUCAGCAAGGUGCCAAAGGAAGCAAGGGUACAAUAGGUCCACCAGGCCAGCCAGGUCAGCGGGGGGAAGUUGGGUUGAAGGGCCAUCAUGGCGAAGUUACUGGGAUACCAGCUGCACAGCCUGGAGAACCUGGGCCUCCUGGUUCCCAAGGGAAUCAAGGUUUUACAGGAGACCCUGGCAAGCAGGGAGACCCAGGGAGGAGAGGAAUGCCAGGUGUCCGUGGGCCAAAAGGUGAAAUAGGUUCUGCGGGCUUGCAAGGGGAAGAAGGGGAACCCGGGCUACCAGGCAGAUAUGGAUUUCCAGGGUUUUCUGGACAGUCAGGCAUGCCAGGCCCCCCAGGCCCACCUGGUGAACCAGGUUUCUCUGGAGACAGAGGGGAUGGUGGCGACCCAGGACCACCAGGGCCCUCAAUAAUUAAAGGGGAACGAGGUGAACGUGGUGACCUGGGCCUAAACGGAAGUGUGGGUGCACAGGGAGAUCCAGGAGAGGCUGGUCUAUUAGGCUUUCGUGGAAUAUCUGGACUAAAAGGUGCUAAAGGCUCACCAGGCUUCUCAGGAUUUCAAGGUAUGAUUGGCCUUAAGGGCAUACAAGGCUUUACAGGACUGCAAGGGGAGACUGGAUCUUCUGGGGCUCCUGGCGAGAAAGGUAGCAUAGGCCAGCCUGGUGAAAAAGGUGACCGAGGUCUAAUUGGGCCUCCUGGUAAGGAACCAGAUAUUCCACGAUGGGUGAUUGUAAUGAUGAAGGGGGUCAAGGGUGAUCAUGGGAUACCAGGGGAGCAUGGCUUUACAGGACCCAGGGGCCAAAAAGGCUUCCCCGGUGUGCCAGGAGGCCCGGGACUUCAUGGCCUGCCCGGAUCACCCAGCUAUGAGAAAGGCCUUCCUGGGAGCCCGGGGUCACCAGGACUGCCCGGAAGCAAAGGAAUGCCGGGCCAAACAGGAGCACCAGGAAUUGAGGGAUUUCCUGGGAUGCCUGGUCCCAGGGGAGACAAGGGCACAUCUGGAGCCUUUGGUCCUACAGGGGAUCCAGGCCUGGACGGACCAAAAGGUGAAGAAGGAGCUGUAGUGGACUUGCCUGGCUCAACAGGAUUGAGGGGUGAAAGUGGGUUACCUGGACUGCCUGGCAUGAAAGGAUUAUUCGGCCAGCCUGGAGACAGGGGCAGCCCUGGUUUUGAUGGCAUUCAGGGUCCAAAAGGGGUUCAGGGUCAGCCUGGUCUAGAAGGGCUAACAGGGCCACUGGGAAAGCAGGGAUACUCAGGGACUCAGGGCCCCAAGGGUCACCCUGGGACUCUAGGAAUGCCCGGAGAACCUGGCGCAUCAGGAAUUCCUGGGCAGAGAGGCUUUCCUGGUUUAAAGGGUAUUUUUGGGCUGGAUGGUCUUAAAGGGCAAAAGGGUAUUCAAGGAUUCACAGGUUUGGAUAACUGGGGACUGCCAGGUGAGACAGGCUCUAAAGGUGAAAAAGGAGAGCCAGGGACCCACAGUACAGAUGUAGGAUUGCCAGGGUCUUUGGGCUUCAAGGGCACAGAAGGAGAUCCAGGUGAUCAAGGUGAAUCUGGGCCCCCUGGAAACCAGGGGCCUCCAGGGCCUCUUGGGACCAUUGGCCAAAAAGGUCCUGUGGGAAGCCAAGGUUUUCCGGGUCCAAAAGGACCAAAAGGUUCCACUGGGGUUCAAGGUAUCGCUGGUGAAUAUUCCCAAUUUGGUGAUAAAGGAGAGAGAGGCUUGUCUGGAGCAUUUGGGCACAGGGGUGUAAAAGGCCUACAGGGAGAUCAAGGACAGCUAGGCCCCCCAGGACAAAUGGGACCAACAGGGAUGAAAGGAAUAAAAGGAGAACCAGGGCUGAUGGGAACUCCUGGAAGGCCUGGUGUCCAAGGAGAGAGAGGACUGGUUGGGCCUAAGGGGAACACAGGACUACCUGGUUUACCUGGAGAACCUGGCUCUCGGGGUGUGGCACCCAUCCUAGAAAAACAGAUUGGAGAGAGGGGCCUUCCUGGGGUCCGUGGAAUCAGAGGUCCUGAAGGAGUAAGGGGAGAAAGCGGUCCUCAGGGACCACCUGGAGAGCCAGGAUUUAUAGGCCCACAGGGGCAAAAGGGAAUCUCAGGAGUGAGUGGUACACCAGGGAAACCAGGGAAGCGUGGAGACAUUGGUCUCACUGGACAUCGUGGUCUCCAGGGCGUGAAAGGAAGUCCAGGACGCCCCGGAACCCCUGGUAUCCCGGGCAUGCCGGGCCGCAGCAUCAGUGUGGGCUACCUGCUGGUGAGGCACAGUCAGUCUGAGGACACACCCAUGUGCCCUUUGGGCAUGGCCAAACUGUGGGAGGGGUACAGCUUGUUGUACUUUGAGGGCCAGGAAAAAGCCCAUAACCAGGAUCUGGGUCUGGCUGGAUCAUGCCUUCUGCGCUUUAACACCAUGCCCUUCUUGUAUUGCCACCCGGGUGAAAUUUGCCAUUACGCCAGCCGGAAUGAUAAAUCCUACUGGCUGUCCACACUGGCCUCCAUUCCCAUGAUGCCUGUGGAAGGGGUGGAUAUCAGGCCCUAUGUCAGCCGCUGCUCAGUGUGUGAGGCUCCAUCCGUGGCCGUUGCCGUCCACAGCCAGGACAGUACCAUUCCAAAGUGUCCCCAGGGCUGGAGAAGCCUCUGGAUCGGAUACUCCUUCCUCAUGCACACAGCAUCAGGCGAAGGUGGAGGUCAGUCCCUCAUGUCACCCGGUUCCUGCCUGGAGCACUUCCGCACGACACCCUUCAUCGAGUGCAGCGGCGCCAGGGGCACCUGCCACUACUUCUCCAGCAAGCAGAGUUUCUGGCUAGCAUCCAUCGCGCAGACUUUCCAGAGCUCGUCAGCCACCAAGACUCUCAAAGCUGGCCAGAUCCUGUCUCAGAUCAGCCGCUGUCAGGUGUGCAUGAAGAACCUGUGACCUUCCUCGACCUCUCUGGUUUUACCCAUCAUUCCACAGAAGCAUAUUGUCACACGGUCAAAAGGACAACAGUAAGUAGUUUCAAAUCGUCAAAAUUAUGUUCACAUUUUUAUUUGGAAAUUAUUUAUUACCUCAUUGCAUAUUUUUCAUUAAUAAU